CUCGCUCGUACAUUAGGUACAUCGACUUGCACUGAAAUUUGGCCCUCCUCAGAACGCACCGCCCCUGCUCCACCUUCUUUCACCGCUGCUCUACAAUAGGUUGCCGCUGCUUCAGCUUCUUUUCCAUGGACUUGUAGUUGGUACGACUUGCUCUAUCUCCGUCGCCCAAGACUCAGAUUUAGUACGAUUUGCUGCAUCUCCAUCGCCCAAGACCACGAUUUAGCGCCGAUUAGCUACGCACAACCAUCCGCCGCUGCUCCACCGUCUUUCACCGCUGCUCCACCGUCUUUCACCGCUUCUCCACCAUAUGUUGCUGGUAAUUCAGCUUCUCUUCCAAGUUCCAUGGACGCUCGUUGCUUGAAUUUUAGUACGAGUUGUUCUGUCCCCUUCGCCCAAGUCACUGUGCUGGUUGAGAGGGAGUUUUGUUUGAAUUAGAAGAUUAAGAAAAAUUCACAAUGAAGAAUGAAAUGCGCUUGUUCCUGGAAUUAGCUUAAUGAUAAUGGUAUAAGACAUUCAUCUGUAAGUACUUUAUUUUUUCUUCUGCAAUCAGCUCGUUCCUGGAAAUGGCUUCUCAAAUGCUUCAGAGCAGAUAAUGAGACCUUUAUUGCUUGUUCGUUGAAGCUGAACUAGCUUCAGACCAGAUAAUGAGUCCUUUGAGGAUGGUUUUACUGAGAAAGUUGUAAACCCAAUGAAGAGCCUCGAUCUCUACGAGUCUCGGGGUUGUCCAAUUAUGCUCUCCAAGUAGCUCAACAGGUUUGGAAGUUGAUGAAGUGGAGCUUUUCUUUUACAGCAGACUCCAAUUUUGUGGACUGGAUAACUGGAUAGAAUCUAUUUUUUCCAGCCAUGAUGAUGAGUUUUGCAGCACUUUAAUCAUGCUUUUAUGGGGUUUGUGGAGAGCAAGAUGUGAUAGAACCUGGAAGCAAGUUUAUACACCACCAGGAAGCAUUAUUGCAGGAGCUUUGGCAUUUCUGGACGGGUGGCAGCGAGCUCAACAACGGACAGGGGUAUUGCAGCAGCAACUUAAGUCCCCGACAAACUGGUUGCAACCUGCGGAAGGUCGAAUUAAAGUGAAUACCGAUGCAGCUAUUAAAAAUGGGACGGGAAGCGUUAGAUUAGGAUGAAUAGCAAGGAACCGGGAAGGUUUAUUCUUUGCGGGGAUGCUAUAAACCGUGUGGGAGAAUGUUUACCUUGUGAAGCGGAGGCAUUGGCAAUAAGGGAAGCUCUUAGCUGGAUUAAAACGGCUGGUUGGUCAAAUGUUGAUGUUGAAUCGGAUGCACUCCAACUUACAAGGGCUAUUCAAAGCAAGGGAAACGAGUCAGCUUUCGGUAUUAUUGUUGAUGAUAUUAACGAGAUAUCAGCCAGUAUUACUGGCAUAGAGUUUUCUCAUGUGAAACGAUCAGCGAACCGGGCAGCCCAUGAUUUGGCUAAGGCGGCCGGUUCUAUGUCUGGUCGUUGUGUUUGGAUUGAUGUUCCCCUGAUUGUAUUGUUUCCUCCUUGAACCAUGAUUUUAUUAAUAUAUAUAAGUUAGCCUUUUUUCUUUCAAAAAAAAAUAUAGACAUUUUUAUUCAUUUUUAUAUUUUUUUUUGUUAGUGCCUAAACAAAAUAAUAAACUUCGUUUAUUAAAUGAGUUAA